AUGGCGAACUUGCGUGCGGUCAAGUUAAUUAAACCACAUCACCUUCCGGCUGUUUUGGAAAAAUACACUUACGUCAUCGUUAACUUUUUUGCGUCAUGGUUAGCAGCAAGCUACGAGGUUACACCGAUUAUAGAAAAGCUCGCUCAAAAGUACCCGAAAAUUAAGUUUGUCACCGUUGACGUCAGCAAGAACCAGGACCCACUAAAGGCCUUCAACUGUCCGGGGCUGCCAUACGUCAUAAUAUUCUGGAAGGGGCUGGUUCUCGAUCGAUGCGAUGGCGCUACAGGAAAUUCUGUGAAGAACAUGGUCAAAACUGUAACAAAAGAGGGACAUUAUCUCACCUUUUCAACAAAUUCCGGAAAAUCAGUAACCUUCUCCGACUCCCUAGUGCAAGAGCAGAAGUUGAGGAAGGAAAUUGUUUGA